AUGUCAGACUUGGACACUGCGAUCCAGGAGAAGGCCAUGAAGGUGGACAUGGACAUCUGCAGACGCAUUGACAUCACGGCCAAACUUUGUGACGUGGCUCAGCAACGCAACUCAGAAGACAUGAGCAAGAUGUUCAACAUGAGCCCACACAUGAGCCCCUCCAGAGCACCCCCAGAGAGCAAGGUAACUGGAUCGCUUUUCAUAUGUACCUCAUGUGAAAAAUGGGACACAAAUGUCCAUGAAAUGUUUUCUCCACACACAUACACGCACACAUUUCCCCUCCCGUUCACACACAGCUGACUAGUGUGUGGUGUGUGUGGUUUCACAGGGGGCUGCAUCUUGCAGGAGGAAAGAGUGUAAGGCUGUGAAUGAGGAGAGGAGUCCUGAGAUUGAAGCUGAGUCUGGGGGUGGGGAGGAGGAUGAAGAGGAGGAGAAGGAGAAGGUCGUAGAGGCACUCAACAUCACAGACGAGAUGAAACGCAUGCUCAAUCAGCUGUGAGUGGCCCAACCUUUGUUUGACCUGUGUUAUGUAACUUCUUGUUUAGCCUAAAUUGCUAAUGAGUGCUAGCUGAAGGACUAGGGUCGAUAUGUUAUCCAACUAACUGUGUUGUUUGAGCCAUACGAUCUCAUUCUGUGAAUUAAAUCCCCACUGUAGUCUGUCUCGUUAGAUAGCAUCUCAUAGUCCGUUUCAUGUGUGCUUUGUUACUUUGUCAUGUUUUCAUCUCUGUCAGUCACUGUCUCUGUUGUUUUCUCUCUUCCCUGUCCUCUUCAUUUGAAAACCCUUUUAAAAUGUGCACGCCUUUCCGUUUGGUUUUGGUUUUCCCCAUUUUUUUGUCUUCUCUCUUUUCUCCCCUCCCUUUCCACCUCCAUGUCUCCUCUCUUUUUCUCUGUCCCUCCCUCUCCCCUCUUCUCCCUCCCUUUCUUGUAUGCAGAACUUGCUCAGAUGAUAAUUCCUUUGUCACCAGGAGGGAGACGUUUGACUUUGAUGACGACUGUGACAGCCUGGCUUGGGAGGAGAAUGAGGAGACACUGCUCCUCUGGGAGGACUUUGCCAACUACAACACCCCCUGUGCUGCAGCCAGUGCUACUGCAGGUGCCUGCACUGCAGCAGAAGGACAGGGGGAGGGCCCUGGGCAGGUUAGUGUUGGCCCCUACUGCUCAUCCAAAAGCAGUGUCAGAUACAGGUAACUGCCCAAAUAAAGGAAACACCAACAUAAAGCGUUUUAAUAGGGCGUUGAGCCGCCAGAACAGCUUCAAUGCGCAUAAAUUCUACAACUGUCUUCCACAAGAAAUUCCAUAAUUUGUUGGUGGUUUCAGGUGCCGCUCCAGAAUCUCCCAUAAGUGUUUAAUUGGGUUGAGAUCUGGUGACUGACACAAACACAGACACACACACAGACACAGACAUUUGAAACCCCUCUUUCAAAGUCACUGAGAUCUUUUCUAAGUCAUGGUAGCCAAAAUAAUGGGCAACUGGGCAUUUGUAUACAUGGCCCUAAGCAUGAUGGGAUGUUAAUUGCUUAAUUAACUCAGGAACCACACCUGUGUGGAAGCACCUGCUUUCAAUAUACAGUGUACUUCGUAUCCCUCAUUUACUCAAGUGUUUCCUUUAUUUUUGGCAGUUACCUGUAUGUCUCUGUUGAUUAUUUUUUUAGGCCUUCCCUCUGUAUCUCCUCAUGCUGUUAUGCUGUAAGGCAUUUAGUCUGAGUGGCCUCAGAAACUGUUAAGGAAUAUGUGUAAAAUACAAUUGUGUAAUUAUUUAUUUGAAUUGAUUGUUUGUCUAAUUGUGUGUUGGUGUGUAUUGCUAGAUUGUGUGUUUGACCGAUCCCACUGGGCAAAAACUGGUUGAAUCAACAUUGUUUCCACGUUAUUUCAACCAAAAAAGUCAAUGUGAUGGCGUUGAAUCAAUGUGGAAAACUGAUUGGAUUUGAAAAAAGUAAUCACGUAUGGGAAUUCCAUCUUUUUUUAAACCAAACUUUUAACCUAAAUCCAAUGACAUGGUGAAAUGUUUUGUUGAUUUCACGUUGAAUUCAUGUUAGUUGACAACUCAACCAAAUGUAAAUCAAAACUAGACGUUGAACUGACGUCUGUGCCCAGUGGUAUGUUUAUUUACCUCAUCUGUCCAUCUACAUUUUACGACUGUACGAAUGUAAAUUGUGUGAAAGUGUUUAUUAUAAAUAACGGUGUCUCCAAGCUGCAAAGUAAAGUCUACUACUGCACUUUGAACGUUGCUACAGUACACAGUUUAUAUGGGUCUGUUGGGGAUUGUUAGGCCUCUCAGGAUGGCAGUUUGGGCAGCCUGAUCGAUGA